AUGUCUUUCACUGGGAAAUAUGAGACGGAGAGUCAAAACCACUAUGAGGAGUUUCUGGAAGCACUUGGGCUUCUCAAUGUCAAGACGGACCACAAAGUGGUAACGGAGGUGCUUCAGGGUGGGAACGAAUUCACCUGGACACAAACCAUUCCAGGCUUCACCUGGUCCAAUAAUUUCACCGUUGGUCAGGAAUGUGAGCUGUCGACAAUGAAGGGUGAAAAGUUUAAGGCUCUUGUCAAUAAGGACGGCGAAAAGAUUUCAGUUCAGUUUCCUCAGUACCGCUUCACAGCAGAGAUGAUUGAGGAUAAACUGGUUAUGAAUUGCAUAACUCCAGGGGAGGAGGGUGUGACUUUCAAAAGAAUUAGCAAAAGAAUCUAAUGCUGCGAGACUCAACAUGCUUCAAUGG